UGGUAGUGGUGCUUGGCGCCCCAAUUGAUAUAUUGUCAAGAUCUGUGAGAGGGUACAGAGUCUAAAAACGCUCAGCAAGUUCCCUUAGCUCACUUCAUUCUUGGAGGUUUCUCAGAAGGAUCAGAAAUGGCCAAAGGAACUGGCAUUUCCAAGGCCGUGGCUGUCGGCAUUGGGGUCCUCACAGUUUCUUCUGUUUGCGGUUUAGUAUUGAUGGUAGUGAUGUUCCAAAUUGAAAUAGAGAAAAAACCUCCAAUUGAACCACCUCGUCCAACUAAACCUCCGGUUAUUCCAACAGAUCUUCCAACGAAUCUCAGACUUUACGACUAUUUGAUCCCUGAGAGCUACAAAGUCGUCCUCCAACCGUACCUUUACGGAGCGAUAACUAACAACUACACAAACCAAUCCUUCUUUUUCACGGGGAACUCAACUGUAACGUUUAAGUGUAUGAAAGACUCCAAAACCAUCUUACUUCAUGUUCACAACCUAAAUGUGACGAAUGUGGAAGUGAGAAAAUCUGAUUCAAAUGAAAUAUUAGAGAGCAGAUAUACAAUUCAUUACAAUGUAAGUAAUUUUCUCGAGAUCCAACUCGAGGACAAGUUAUCUGGAAAUGGGACCUAUGAUCUUUUUACCAACUUUGAAGGGGAACUUUUUGAAGACUUGACUGGGUUGUACGUGAGCCGGUACACUGAGAAGAGUAAAGACGAAGAUGAGGAGGAUGAAGAGAGAUUCCUCGCCACCAGCCUGUUGCAACCCACAGACGCGAGGAGAGUAUUUCCGUGCUUUGAUGAGCCAGCUCUGAAGGCUGUGUUUGAGAUUAUUAUUAUCCACAGACCUGGAAUUACAGCCCUGUCCAAUAAAGACGGAGUACCAGUAACAAUAGAAAUAGAUGGAGAAGAAUGGGUUGUGACUACAUUUCCAAAGACCCCCGUCAUGUCCACUUAUCUAUUGGCUUUCACGUUAUCUGAUUUUACGUCUAAAUCAGUACCUUUUGGGUCAAACAUGCAUAUAUAUGCUCGGAGAGAGGCUAUUGCUGCUGGCCAUGCUGACUAUGCAGCUGAAAUAACACAUGAGAUUCUGAUUCACUAUGAGAAAGAAUUUGGAUUUAAAUACCCACUGGACAAACUAGAUCAGAUUGCCCUGCCAGAUUUCAGUGGCGGAGCCAUGGAAAACUGGGGUUUAAUUUCAUAUCAGGAGUCAGGUUUGCUGUAUGAUAGAGUUACGGGAUCAACCUUUGAUAAAGAACGGGUGGCCACUCAGAUUGCUCAUGAGUUGGCACAUCAGUGGUUUGGAAACCUUGUCACUAUGCGCUGGUGGAAUGACCUGUGGCUGAAUGAAGCAUUUGCGACAUAUAUGUCAUACAUUGGGGUGGAAGCUGCUAAAUGGGACUUGAAAGAUCUAAUUGUUCUCAGAGAAAUCCAGUCCGCCUUUCAAGUGGAUUCCUUGAACUCUUCUCAUCCUCUCAGCUUGUAUGAAAAUGAUAUUCAAACUUUCUCUGAGAUCAUAGAACUUUUUGAUGAUGUCACAUACAGCAAGGGUGCUGCUGUGUUGAGAAUGCUGUCCUCAUUCAUGACUGAAAUAGCAUUUAUGAGAGGAGUCAAGAUGUAUCUCAACAACUUCCAGUACAAUAACACUGUGUACAGCGAUCUUUUGGAAUGCUUGCAAAAGGAGACAAAUCUAGAUUUGGAAGGCUUCAUGAGCACAUGGAUUGAGCAAGUUGGGUACCCAGUAAUCACCAUUAUUACCCAGACGGGGGAGACUUCUCAAGAACAGUUUUUACUAAAGCCAGGCGUGGGCCAUAAUAUUCCAUGGCAGGUUCAAAUCACAUACAUUAAGUCUGAUGAUCCGGGGUUGAAAAAAGAUUUACUGAAAGUAAAUGGUCCAGUUCGAAGGCCACAUUUUCAACUCAAAGAUCAAUGGGUUCUCGCCAACAUCAACUGCACUGGCUUUUACCGUGUGAACUACGAUGAAGAAAACUGGAACAAACUUCAAAUGCAGCUUGAGAAAAAUCAUCAUAUCAUUCCACUCAUCAACCGAGGGCAACUCAUUGAUGACGCCUUUAAUCUUGCAAGGGCUCAUCGCCUCGACGUCAAUAUUCCACUAAAUCUAACUAAGUUCCUGGUGAAUGAUACUGAGUAUAUUCCAUGGGAGUCAGCACUGAAAAACCUGGACCAUUUUAUCCUUAUGUUUGAUCGCUCUGAGGUCUAUGGUGCGAUAACGAAAUACCUACGCAAGCAAAUUACAGGACUAUAUGAGCACUUUGAAGGGUACACAAAUAAUGGAACCAUUCCUGAGGAUUACACUGACCAGCAUAACCAGGUAAAUGCUAUUUCAGUGGCCUGCACCCAUGGCCUUCCUGAUUGCAUAGAAAUGGCAACAAGUCUAUUCAUGGAUUAUAAAAAUGGCACAAAUCUGAUUCAUCCGAAUUUGAGGAGAGCAAUCUAUUGCAGUGCAAUAGCUGCCGGUGAUGAGGAUGAUUGGGAAUUUGUUUGGGAAGAAUACCAAAGGACUACAGUUGCUGCCGAGAAAGACAAAUUAAGAUAUGCCCUAUCAUGUACCAAAGAAAUCUGGCUGCUGAACAGAUAUCUUGAGUACACUCUUGACCCUUCAAAGAUACGAAAUAUGGAUAUGGUCUCUACCAUAAACUACAUUGCCAAAAAUGUCGCCGGCCAGCCUCUCGCAUGGGAUUUUGUUCGUGGCAAGUGGUCUUAUAUCACCCAAGAGUAUGGAGCGGGAAUCAUAUCUUUAGGCAGUCUACUAGAUGGCGUGACAAAGAGAUUCUCCAGGGACGUUGAACUUGAAGAGCUGAAGCAGCUUCAGAGGGACCAGGAUAAGAAUGAUCAGGGGUUCGCAGCUCGAGCUUUGGAGCAGGUCAUUGAAAGGACAGAGGCCAACAUUAAGUGGGUGAAUGAAAACAAGCAGAAUGUUAAGGAUUGGUUCAAUGGACAGCUGUAGGAUAAGAGUUUUUGUAGGCAUGCACAAUCAAAAACAGAUGUAAAGGCAUUUCACAAUCAAAGCAACUCCCUCCUGUGGUUCUGAGAUGGUAUUCGCUGGAGAAUUAGUCGAGCGUUAGAAGAGAAGAACAAUGAAUGUGCAAUUUUUAAAUGGCUACAUAACACAUUCCCUAUGCUGUUUUGAGUAGUCAAAGCCAGAUCUAUGGUGUAUAUAAGAGAAAAGGCAAAAA